AUGGAGGGCGGGCACCAGUACCUCAGUGGUAGUCCGAAAGCAAUUUUCUUCACUGAUUUCGACGGCACUAUUACUUUGCAGGACUGCAAUGACUACCUAGUUGACAAUUUCGGCUUCGGGGCUGAAAAACGCCGGAUGCUUGAGCUAGAAGUCCUAAAUGGAACUUUGGCAUUCAGAGAUGCCUUUCAGGCCAUGCUUGACAGCGUGCGAAUGCCCUUCAACGAAUGCCUUCGUAUCGUGCAGGAAAAUAUUCAGCUCGACCCCGGUUUUAUCGACUUCUAUCUCUGGGCAAAAGAGAAAAGAAUUCCCAUUGUGAUUCUGUCUUCAGGAAUGACGCCUGUGAUAGAGGCAUUACUGGUUAACUUGUUUGGCAGCAAGCCUAGCAACAUAUUUGUCAUUGCAAACAACGUCGCGCCUCACAACGGUAAGCAUGUCGACAUGGUUGGUGGAUGGCAAAUCAAAUAUCGCGACGAUAGCAUAUUUGGCCACGACAAAUCGCUAGAAAUCAAGCACUGUGUUGCACUGUCUGACGAAGAACGUCCUAUGGUGGCUUUUGCAGGAGACGGAGUCUCGGACCUCUCUGCUGCGUCCGAAACAAACCUCCUAUUUGCCAAGGAAGGUUUAGAUCUAGUGAAGUACUGCGAACAGAAAGCGAUUCCAUUUGUGCCCUUCGAUAAUUGGGGUUCCAUUCUCGACGCAAUGCAAGGCAUCUACGAAGGGAUGGUUAAGAAUUAG